AUGACUCAAGGUUCGAGGGUGAUUUUCUGCGACAGGGAACCUCUAGCAAUACACUGUGCAUUAUCUUCAGCCCAGCUCAAUGGACUGGAGGUUCACAGUGUCGAGGAUAUCUCAAAGUCAAGCCAAGGUGUUGCAGGGGCGGUUCUCGACUGGGCCUCGCCUCUUCAUACUUUGGCACAGUCGGCGGAUGUGGUACUAGGGGCCGAUUGCCUUUACGACCCAGCAACUGCCGCGAUGCUUGCGAAGACUUGUAAACAUGUGUUGGGUGAAGACGGGGUGGUGGUGAUUUGUGAGCCGGAAUUGGAGAGGGCCAAAGGAACGUAUUCAAAGUUUCUUGAAGCGGCGAAAAUGUUGGGGGCAGCAUCCGCAGAAAUCUUGCCGCACCCGGACUCUGACGAACCACGCUCUAUUUUGCUGCGGGUGUCGUGGAAAAGUCUCUAA